UCCUCCCCUCGUCCAACUUUUGCCUGCUCGAUCGCUCUUUGCUCUCUCGUCGGAUCCUCGUCCGUCCUUCGUGCGGAGCAAGGGUGCAACAUGCUCAGUGUCGUAGGAAGAGCCUGCUCUAGCGUGCUAAAAGCGGCCAAGCCUGCCGCCUCUUUAGUAAAAGUCAAUGGGGCGAACUCGAAGUUGCUGCCGGCGCUGUGUGCUACACAUCCUGUAAACAGAAGACAUGCAGCAGCUCAAGCUAGCGCCAAGGCAGGCAAUGGACACAUUGUUGCAGUCAUCGGUGCCGUCGUGGACGUGCAGUUCGAUGACAACUUGCCACCCAUCCUCAAUGCUCUCGAGGUUGAAGGUCGCAAGCCACGACUUGUCCUUGAGGUGGCGCAGCACUUAGGUGAAAACACGGUGCGCACCAUUGCCAUGGACGGCACGGAGGGUCUGGUGCGAGGCCAGAAGGUGAAGGACACCCAGUCACCCAUCAAGAUCCCCGUUGGACCCGAGACACUAGGUCGUAUCAUGAAUGUUAUUGGUGAGCCCAUCGACGAAAGGGGCCCCAUUCCCUCGGACAAGUUCCUUGCCAUCCACCAGGAGGCGCCAGAGUUUGUUGAGAUGAGUGUCGAGCAGGAGAUCCUUGUCACAGGAAUCAAGGUUGUUGACUUGCUAGCGCCGUACUCCAAGGGAGGCAAGAUCGGCCUUUUCGGUGGUGCAGGUGUCGGCAAGACUGUGCUUAUUAUGGAGCUGAUCAACAACGUAGCCAAGGCUCAUGGUGGUUACUCAGUGUUUGCCGGUGUCGGCGAGCGCACCCGUGAGGGCAACGAUCUGUAUCAUGAAAUGAUUGAAGGUGGUGUCAUCAGUCUGAAGGACAAGAACUCCAAGGUAUCCCUCGUGUACGGUCAGAUGAACGAGCCUCCCGGCGCCCGUGCCCGUGUCGCCCUGACCGGUCUCUCUGUGGCAGAGUACUUCCGGGACCAGGAAGGGCAGGAUGUGCUGCUCUUCAUUGACAACAUUUUCAGGUUUACCCAAGCUGGUUCUGAGGUGUCUGCCCUUCUGGGUCGUAUCCCCUCAGCUGUGGGUUACCAACCUACACUGGCAACUGACAUGGGUACCAUGCAGGAACGUAUUACCACCACCAAAAAAGGUUCCAUCACCUCUGUACAGGCCAUCUACGUGCCGGCCGAUGACUUGACAGAUCCUGCGCCAGCCACCACUUUUGCGCACUUGGACGCCACUACUGUGCUGUCCCGAGGUAUUGCCGAACUCGGAAUAUACCCUGCAGUGGACCCCUUGGACUCCACCUCUCGUAUCAUGGACCCCAACGUUGUUGGCCAAGAGCACUAUGACAUUGCUCGUGGCGUCCAGAAGAUUCUCCAGGACUACAAGUCUCUUCAAGACAUCAUCGCCAUCUUGGGCAUGGACGAGUUGUCUGAAGAGGACAAACUGACAGUGUCUCGCGCCCGCAAGAUCCAGCGUUUCCUUUCGCAGCCUUUCCAGGUGGCCGAAGUGUUCACAGGCCAGGCGGGCAAGUUCGUACCGAUCAAUGACACCAUCACUGGUUUCAAGCAAAUCCUGAAUGGCGAGAUGGACCACCUGCCCGAAGUCGCAUUCUACAUGGUGGGUCCCAUCGAGGAAGUUCGUGAGAAGGCUGAGAAGUUGGCAGCUGAAGCCACGUAAAGGGUGUCUUCAGCAUACUGCUUGUACAGGACAGACGAGUGACCGCCGCUAGCCAUGCAUCCAGACUGCCAUAGGGUAGCCAUCAUUUUUUUUUUAAUGUAGCGGAGGUGUUAAUAAAGGGAAGUCUGUGUCUUCCUUGUGACCCGGUA